UGUGUGACAAAGCUUAUCAUUUUAAAUUUAGACUGGAAGUCUGACCGUGAAAAAGGAACGACAAUCUCAGCACUUGUGGUCCUCUUGUCCCCACAUAGGAAGGCUGCUUCUCGUCCACCGGCAACUUGUCCCACCUACCACCUCCCGCCUCCCACUCUCACUUCCCUGGCGUAAAGGCCCACCAACACGGCAGUGGCGGCAUGAGGCUCGAGGCUGUCAUGGAGAACCUGCAGCGGCAACAGGCAGCGCGGCUGGCUCUGGAUGAGAAACUCCGACAAGCAGGGAAAGAGCGAGACCUCCGCUCAAUGGUAGAGUCCCAGAUACACCAACAAGCUUUGGCUUUCCGGCACUACCAGGCGACGAUGUACAGCGCCUUGGCCGCUGGAGUUUACAGCUCUUCUCCUGGCGCGUCUGUGAGUCAAACGCAGGUCUGUGAAGCCGGCGAGGACAGAAAUUCAUCCCGAAACAGGAGCGACAACAGAGACAUUGGAGACUUGCAGGAAGACGCGGAAGAGCAGGAGCUAAUUGAUGGAGACGUGGAAGACUGCUUGAAGCACGAUGAAAAUCGGGAGCGUUUGCUCCAAGAAACUUGUCUGCUUGAGAAAAGCGCCGCGGUGCAUGUGAUGAACAGGGCCCCGGGGGCAUUGGCCCAGAAAUGCCGCCCUGAGUCACCCCCUCGGCCACCGCAGCCACAGCACCACGAGUGGACCUACGAAGAGCAGUUCAAGCAGUUGUAUGAACUGGAUGAUGAUGGAAAGCGUAAAGAAUUUCUGGAUGAUCUCUUCAGUUUCAUGCAGAAACGUGGGACCCCAGUGAAUCGGAUUCCUAUCAUGGCAAAGCAGGUGUUGGAUCUCUACACGCUCUACAAGCUUGUCACUGAAAAAGGCGGCUUAGUUGAAGUCAUCAAUAAGAAAAUAUGGCGUGAGAUCACCAAAGGCUUGAAGCUUCCUACCUCCAUUACCAGUGCAGCUUUUACACUCCGAACGCAGUACAUGAAGUACCUGUACUCAUAUGAAUGUGAAAAGCGAGGGCUGAGCUCCCCUGGUGAGCUUCAGGCAGCUAUUGACAGCAAUCGGCGGGAAGGCCGUCGGCAGAGCUACGGCUCUCCCAUCUUCAAUUACUCUCCUGUGAGCAACCCCACAUUGCUGUCUUUGCCAAGAGUCGAACUUUCCCACUUACCAAUAUCCACUAAGUCCCAGCUUCCUGUGUUCAAGAAAGAGGAUUCCAUGGUGGCCAGCUCUCUGUCCAGUCGGGUUGUCCUCCCUUUGUCUCCUAGUGACCAUUACAUUACAUCUGUGACUACCGAGGCAGCAACUGUGGCUCAGCCGAUGGCAGUGACUCAAGUUGUAGCUGCUAUUCAAGCUUCUACUCUGGAGCAGCGAAGAGACAAACUGGAAAGCAGCGAACCCCCAGAGAAGAAGAUGAUGGGAGAAGAGGAGCAGCAAAGGGUCAUUCAGCAAACAUCAAAACAUGACAUGCUGGCCUCAACUACUCAACUACCCCUGAGCAUCAAAUUCAACAACAGCAGAGGGGUCCUAUUUGCUAGGCAUUCAUACCAGGGAUCAUAGGACAUCAUGGAAGACAAAGCCAAUGUACAACUCAGCAAAAGUUCCAGCCGUCUUGCUCUUCCUCUUCUUCAUUUGCUUCCGCAGUUUAUAAGCACAGGAAUUCUGUGUCCUUGCCUUAAGUUUCCUGUUGUUCCCUCUUCUAUUCUUCCCACUCUUUCGAGAUGAUCUGUACGUGCAACAAUAACAGACUGUCACAAUUAGGUAAAUAGUUUCAUUCAGUUAUUUCUGAGGAUUGAAUAAUUUUGCACUGCAAGAUAAUCUUUACACACAGU